CCGAAUCCACCUGACCCUCAGCACGAAGCGGCUAGCCGAGGAAAAAUAUCCCCAUCGUUUCGUUUUCGAAUCCCGUGGGAUGAUACAAGUCAAGGGCAAAGGUUUAGUGGAGACGUUCUGGCUGCUGCACGAUACGGGAACAACGGGGAAGGAUUUAAUCAGCGCGAACUGAAAGUGAUUGCCCGACAUUUACUCAGCAUCAGGGGAUCUUCAGUCGCACACAUAAGCCAAUUACCUCGAAGCAUGUCUUUGUUUGGACCCGAUAAUUUUGGUCUACACAGAAUAAGGUCAUGUGCCCGGAAUUUUACAUGAAUAGUCGCAUUACACUGGAGACAAUAGAACGACGCACUUGUCGGCGGUGUUUGCUGGAAGAAUAUUAUUUCAUGAUGUCAGUGAUGAUGAUGCUGAAUAUCCGUGGUAUAAUGGCAGCUGUAUGAGCACUAUAAGCCGAAGCAUAUUAAAUUUGCAUAGCGUAUCAUUUUCCCUGUGAAUUUCCUCAUUCAGUCGUAUCGCUUUCUAAAUAAUAAUAAUUUUUUAAUCUGAUUUGUAACGGCUCCGGCGUUAUAAGACUGGCCUCAUACAAUGUGGCUCGUGUUGUUUUCGUUGAUAACCUUGGUAUGCUGUGUGUGCCGUUGCCGUGCUGGAUGGACAGACUUGCCGGAGACGGGCGAGGAACUGCUCCAUCCGGAUGAUGAGCAAAUUGUGAUGCACAACGAUUAUGAUACCGAUACCGAUGAUUUUUUCCGGGAUCGCAAAGAAUUUCGUCGCGGCUUCUACGGUUGCUGGAGCAUGUUCUGUUUUGGAUCACCAUUUCGCGCUCGAAACAGGCGCUUCGCCGACGUCAUCCUCCCACCACGCCGCGCCAAGGUGAUCCUCGGGACGCGCACCAGCCGCCUCGCUCCCGCCCCCGCUCCCACCGCCCCCGAGGCACCGGUCUCACCCAUCGUACCGUCGGAAUUCUACCCAAACCGUGCGGCUGCAGGCGGCAAUCUCUUUAGUUUCUACAGCCUCCCGGUCUACAACUACCACGAAUACAACCGCCGCUCCUCUGCAGUCGCCUUGGUGACGCCCAAUAAAAAUAAAAAACCCCCCGUGCCGCCGUUGUUAGCGCACUUACUGCGUAACGCGCAGCAGCAGUAAUAACCUUCACACUCUGUUCUCCAAAGUCGUGAACACGCUGGCAAAAUAAUAAAGCGCUUUUCUAGUCUUGUAUUCUGAUCGAUAGAGUGGUGUGUAUAAUCAAUACUGGGCAAAUAAAUCUGGCUCGCUACCGGCAUCGAUUACGACGAGCAAACAAUUAACGGCACAAUGGAUAAUUGUAUAAUUGUGUUGUAUACAUAUUUCUCCCGCGUCGGGCAGCGUUCGAGGAGGUCGGUGAUCGUGAAGCGUCACAGAUGGUGCUGAGAAACAGCCUUGAAAAUAUUUAUUUCCCUUAAAUAUGUUGUUGACGGGUUUCUGCUUAAUUAUCUCGCUCCGGUUGGCCGCGGCGACCACCACCUUGAAAGCCGGGAUUAUCUUAACCCAGGGGAGUAAAAAUCUGUACGAUUAUGAUGUGGUGAAAGCCGCAUUGCGUGCCGGUUACGAUGAUUCGUUAAGCCGGUUUGAUGUGAGAUUUGAAGAACGGUUAUGCCUGUAUAAAGGCGACUGUAGUGUCACGAAUGCCGUGGGACAGACUUAUAUCUGCGGGGUUACGUAUGCGGUGGACGUAAUUAUCGGGCCUGGCUGCACGGAUGAUAUGAUGGCGUCGCUGGAGCCGCAGACCUGGCUGCAUAUUCCCAGCGUCACGGGCGGCGGGACCCUGGUGGAUUCCACAGCCAAAUUCCCCUACAUCACCCGGGUGUCGUAUAAUACGUACACGCAAUGGGUGUUCUUCAUCAAUAUGUGCAAGAAAUUCCUCUGGACCAACGUGGCCAUCAUCUUCAAUCGCGACAACAACGUCAACAAGAUCAACGAACAAAGUUUAGUGAAGAAUCUCAACGCCAACAACAUUACACCCAUUGAACUACCGCUCGAGGACGGUACCAUAAAGAUUCCCGCGCAAGCCGAGCAGUACCUGCAGAAUGCCAGCUUAUCGGCGCGCGUGGUGGUUAUCUUAACCGAUGGAACAGUAUUGCGGAAGUUUAUGCUAGCCGCUAGUAAUCUGGGCUUUACCAAUGGAGAUUAUGCCUUCUUUUCGUUGGAUCCCUUCCGCGACGAUAUCCUUGGAAAAAACGGUUGGCAACUUGAAGAUAAUUUUGAUAAUCAGGCCAAACAAGCGUAUGAAGCGCUAAUGGUCCUCACACUCCGCGACACAUCGCGGACGGAGCGAUACAAGUUAUUCGCGCAGACUCUCAACGAGACCGCCGCUCGCGAUUUCCCCGGGAUGGCCGUGACAUUGAACUAUUAUGUAGCGUCCUUCUACGAUUCGAUUCUGGUUUAUGCGGCCUCCGUUAAUCGCACACUGAUGAACGGCCAAUCCAUCGAUCUUCGCGUCAAUAUUGACGGAUUGUCGCAGGCACAAUGGAAUCGCAGUCUGCCCGGUGCCACCGGGGAUGUUUACAUUAAUCCGCUGGGAGACCGCAAUGAUGACCACUCCAUGUAUGGAUUCGAUGACAAGGGGAACCCUUAUAUUAUUGCCGACUUUUUUGGCUACAAGAUUAUCCAGAAUCCCGCUUACACAUUCGACCAAGUGGCGCAAUUUCACUGGCUGUCAGCGGCGAAAACACCGCCGAUCAAUGAACCGUUCUGUGGAUAUCUGGGAGAUAAGCCCAUCUGUGAUAACUCAAAGCAGACACUGGGUAUUGCGCUGGGCGCUGUGGCCGGUGUUCUAGUUAUCGGCACCGCUCUGGGCAUCUUCCUGUACCGCUACUACACCCGCAAAGCCGAACUGGCCCAGAUGGAUCUACUGGGUACCUGGGCGGAUAUCCAGAAGCCGCAGAUCUUCCUGCCGCGCAAUCACGGCAAAGACAAAGAGCAUCAGCACGGCUCGGGCGGCAGUCAUAUCAGUCUGCAGAUGAAAUCCAUGUUCAACGAUAUGAGCAAGUUCCAAACCCGCACCGUUAUGGCACUGUUCAAGGAGCAUCGCGUUAUUGUGCGGGUAUGCGAAGUGUCGCACGUGGACAUGAGCAGUUCCGUGCUGAAGGAAGUGAAGACCGUGCGUGCCAUCAACAACGAGAACGUCCUGGCGCUACAUGGCCUGUGCCCGGGACCGGGGCGGGCAGUGGUUAUGUACAAUUACUGUUCAAAGGGCAGCGUCAGUGAUCUGCUGGAGUCCAGCGAUGUGAAAUUGGACUGGAUCUUCAAAUUCUCCUUUAUCAAGAACAUUCUCAGUGGCCUAUCGGUCAUUAGCAACGUUCUGGGAUGCCACGGUCGGCUGACCUCGAAAUGUUGCUUCGUGGACGCGCACUUUAUUGCGCGAGUGGCGGACUACGGCCUACCGUCAUUCUUCGCUCGCACCGUACCGCUGACGCAAGACAGCGCCUUCUGCGCGACCCUACUGUGGACCGCGCCCGAACUGCUGUCGCGGCCGUUUGCCGGAGGGACCCAAGAAGGCGAUGUUUACUCGUACGCCAUUAUUCUCUCAGAGAUCAUCAUGCGCGAGACAGCGUACAGCUCCACCGGCAUGGAACCUGACCAGAUCGUCGCCAAAGUGGCACAGAAAGCCUACAAACCGUUCCGACCGAAAUUCGAUGCCAACGAGUGCCCACCGGAAAUCUCGGUGCUUCUUAAGCAGUGUUGGGCCAGCAAUCCAUUGGAACGUCCCCGUAUAGCGCAGAUCAAAAGCGCAGUAAAAGAAAGCGAGAAAUCCAACGCCGAACAAGGCAGUAUUCUCGACACGCUGAUUCGUCGAAUGGAAAACUACACAUUAGAUUUGCAAGCCACCGUGGAAGAAAAAGCGGCACAAUUUCAACUGGAGAAAGAAAAGAGCGAGCAGCUGCUGUACCAAAUUCUCCCCAGAGUGGUUGUCGACCAGUUAAAACGCGGCGAACAAGUGAAGCCGGAAGAUUACGACAAUGUGACCAUCUUCCAGAGCGAUAUAGUCGGUUUUACGACCAUCUCGUCCAUGAGCAGCCCAACGGAAGUGGUCGACCUGCUCAAUGAUCUUUACACGGCUUUCGACGGAGCCAUCAUGAAAUUCGAUGCGUACAAGGUGGAAACCAUUGGUGACUGCUACGUCGUGGCGUCCGGUAUCCCGGCACGCAACGGCAACAAACAUGCCGUGGAGAUCUGUCGAUUGGCCAUUAUGUUGCUUGAACAGAUUAAAGUGUUUAAAAUGAAACACCGUCCGCAGGAUCAGUUGCGAUUGCGUUUGGGUGCACACACAGGUGCAGUUGUGUCGGGCGUAGUUGGACUGGUUAUGCCGCGCUACUGCCUGUUCGGGGAAACGAUGACCAUCGCAUCGAAAAUGGAAUCCACUUCACAACCGAUGCGCAUCCAGAUCAGCCAGGCCUGUGAGCGUCUGCUGCAGACGAUCGGCCAGUUCGAUACGGAAGCGCGCGAUGAUCCGGUGAAGAUCAAGGAAGGCCUGGAAAUCCAAACAUACUGGCUGCAACGAGAAAUUAUGUAGUGCCACAUCCGGGGCGGCAGUUACAGGGUUCACCGUUGAGACAUCCCAAAAGCACAAGAUUUUGCAAUAGUUCGUGACGUUGCUAAUUUCUCUCAAUGAACGAGUUGAAUAAUAGCAAUAUUUGCUGAAUGUCCCGAGAAUGAAUGGCUACACGUACAACUACAAAAGUGUGUGAAUUUUUCCAGGAAGAAGAGUGGAAAUAUUUUGCAGUGUCAU